CGAAUCCUCACCCCCCCUUGCCGAGAACGUUAUCUGAACUACCACACCUAGGUGUCAACUAAGUAAAUAAGUGGCUUCGUAUUCAUGCUCUUCUCCGCAAACGCAAAAAGGAAGAAAAUGUCCAACAUCCGCAAAACCAAGAGGUUCCAAGAACUCCCUGUCAUUCGUUUUUUUCUCGUUCCUUUGUUCUUCGUGCUUUCCGCCCUGCAGCCGAGUUCCGCAGCGCUAAAACGCGUCCCGGCCACCACCCGGGGCAAAUUUACGUUUUUCUACUCGGAGAACCCCGAAGUGCACGACAGGCACCUGGGCGAACCGAAACGACCGGGCAGGAACAUACCGGUGAAAUGCACGCGCCGCGGGAUCAUCAACGUGCCGCGCCGGCAAAUCCCCGAUCACGCGCACGGCAUCUACAAGGAUGACAAGUCGCUGCAGGAGACGUGUUUGGAGGCAGCCGUGCUUGAAGACGAGCUGGACGACCAUCCGCUUGGGGAGUAUUUCAGAAGAGAGGUGUAUGAGAGUGUCAGGUUCAAAAUCGUCAGAGUUGAAAGAAUUUGUGAUGCAUAAAACGGAUACCAGUUGGCGGCUAGUUUUCAAGUGGCGCAUGACAAAUUGGGGUGGAACUGCAAUCCAGUUUGUAAUGCUGUUUGGGUAAGGAAGCCGCCUCUUGUCAUGCUACUUUAGCAGCUCGAUUUCUACCCCUCAACAGGCUUACAAUCUGCCUCACUUGCCUACUCUGCAAGCCAGGCGCUUUGUAGGCUGCUGCAUUUUAUGCAUGACAAAUCAUUUCAACUUUGUCGAUUUCGAUCCUGACACAUCCAUAAGGUGGCUGCACCAGAGGACGAGGCGGGGGAAGCCAAUAAGACCAACAGUAAUUCCACAACAAGCGAAGAUCAAGAUGGUGCCUCAGCGGCUGCAGCAGGAGCAAGUACUCCAUCAUCAAGUCCUGGCGCAGCAGGGAACGAGGAAAUGGUCCAGCAGGUGGCGACAAGCCGGGUGAAAAAAGUGGAAGAUGAACCUCCUGAGAAAGAUGAAUCCCAAUCUGGUUCUGUUAAUAUCGUCCCAGAUGUACAAGUACAACCUCCUCUGUCGGACGGGCGAGGUCCUGAUCCGGCCCUCGUCUCGCGAAAAGAACUUCUGCAAGAAGAGCAUCCGCCGCACUGGAUCCCAGACGCGCUGUACCGGGAGAUGGUGGAAAAGACCGUGAUUGCCUGCGUGGACGUCUUGCUGUACAGUCCCAAGCGCAAGAAGUACCUCCUGCUGAAGCGCAGCACCGAGCCCAUCAAGGGCUGGUUCGGCUUUGUCGGCGGGCGGAUGCACCACGGGGAGUCGUUUGAAGAGGCAGCGGUGCGGAAAUUGGAGCAAGAGUGCAACGUCCGGGCCAUCUUGACGCAGCGAGUGAUCAAACGGGACCAACUGGACGAGUUUUCGCCCAUCGUCGAGCACAAAAACGAGACCGCGAAGGACAAACUGGUUCAGAUAAAAAUCCCGUACGAGGAGGGGAUUAUUGGGGCGUACGAUACCUGGUUCGACAAGUCGGCGCAGGACGAAAAAACACCAUCGCAAACCAUGAAUACCUUGGUGUACAUGGAGAUUCUUGGCGACGACGACUCUUUCGACGACGUCCUCAGUGUGAACGAGUACCACAGCGAGUACGAGUGGUUUUCGGAGGAGGAGUAUGCAGUGGCAGUGCAAAAGUAAUAUCGUCCUAGUGUAGUACUAUUAAUUGCAAUAUUGCAUGACAAAUCUCCCUGCUCAGCUGAAUCAGCAUUGCAAAUUUUUCCUUCUGGGAAUAAAAUUUGUGAUGUAAUUACUACGAGUGCGAUACAAUACUUUUGCAAUGCAUACAGAGUAUCUUUCCCACCCCAAGAUUACCAACGCGGUGAAAAGGGGGCUGAAAGACCACUUGGAGAAAGUUUACCGGUAUUGGGAACCGCUGGAAUUCGGGAAACUCGAUGCAAAGCAGGUGGUGAAACACGACGACGUAUUCGAAGAUAAAAACAAUCCCGAACUACAUCAACAGCAGAACAGCUUCAAACAGAAGCACUUUGAACUCCACACCAAUCGCUUUCACCACUACGACAACCCGAAGGCGUUUCACGACUCCGCGCCGGAGCAGCAGCACAAUUUCGCCGUGGCCCCCGCGAAGCAGGUCGUCACGCCCGAAAGCAUUCCGCACUCGUUGUACACGAACAUGCUGAAAAAGGCGGUGAUGGUGUGCGUGGACGCGAUUUUGUACGAUGUUGCGCGGGACAAGUUUUUCAUGGUCCGCCGCGACCACGAGCCCAUGAAGGGAAAGCCGCGGUAUCCGGGCUCUAUCCCAGAGAAAAACAAAGAAACAGGUGGCACCAGGAGGGCCUACUUGGAAUGCAAGACUAUUGAAUGCGCAGAAAAUGACAAUGCGCAUCUUGUUCCCAAACAGCAUGCUACGGACUCGCUCAUGACAAAUUGAUUCUGUCGAUUUAAUAAUUUUUGCGAAUACAAAUAUGCCCUGCCUGUCUUUUUUUUCUGGGUGAUAGCCUCCCGGGUCUACAAGGGCGAGCGCUUGGAGGAAACCACGUUUCGGAUUUUCCGGAGGUAUUUCGACCCCAUAGUCAGCAGUAGUACUCCUGCAUCUACUUCAGAGGAUGGUGCCAGCACGGACGACGUUCCUCUACUUCCGAGAACAGUAGCGGACGAGGCGAAAUUUUAUGGAUGCGUCAGGUUUGAAAUCAACAAAGUUGAAAUAACUUGUAAUGCAGAGAAUGGAUGAAAGUUGCGAUCCAGUUACUAAGUGGCACAUGACGAAUUUGGGUAGAGCCGAAAUCCAGUUUGUCAUGCUGUUUGGGUAAGGAAGACGCCUUUUGUCGUGCUACUUUAGCAGCUCUAGUUCUACCCCGAAACAGGCUUACAAUCUGCCCCCCUUGCCUACUCUGCAAGACAGGCACUUUCUGCGUUGCAUUUUAUGCAUGACAAACUAUUUCAACUUUGACGAUUUCAAACCUGACAGUUCCAUAAAUUUUUGCACAAGAUUAUCCGGUUCGUGACCCCGCCGGCCAGGCUCGCAGAGUACACGAUUCGGUCGUCGGCGGUUGGGGAGGAGUUCGAGAAGCACUUGUAUAAAAGCACUAGCAGCGACGAUAGUCAACAACAUAGUGUAUCGAAUGCAACUGCAACUACUGGCGAGACGAACCAAUCAACUUCGACAUCUAACUUCUACCCCCACGAAUACUUUGCCUUCGGUGGCGUCAUUGGUUCCUACGGGACACACUUCGACCAUUCCGAGCAAGGCGUUAUGAAAUGUAAAAAUGUCUGGGUCUGGAAGAAUGCAAGUUUGUCAUGCUUGCCUGGCAUGACAACUCGGGAAUCUGUGUUGCAUAGGCACGAAAGAGCCCUAUUAACUGUCAUGCGAAAAGGCAGUUUGCCAUGCGGAAUACGUAAGACAUGGCAGCCACAAAAUUUGUCAUGCACAGCUGCGUAUUGCGGCGCGUCUAUCAUUCACUUUUAGCAUUACAAUUUUCCAGACCCAGACACUUUUACAUUUGAUAGGCGUCGCGGUGCACACGAAGAACGUGGUCACCUUUGCAGUCUUCAACAGCACGCAGUGGAGGGAGAAAGACCACCCGUUUCAGGGGAAGGACACGCGACUCGUCUUAGAAGGAGCUCCGGUUGUAAUAGAAGAGGCGGCUGGCACGACGGGAGCUGACGGAUCCGAAAGUGGCAGAGGGGGCUCUAGUAGUAGUGCCCUAUCAUCUACCAAGAGCAGCUCAUCGAAAGACAAACACCACAAAGCCGCGGACACGGCGGCCGGCGAGGGUCGUGGGGCCGCGGUUGUUCCACGAAAAAUUCAGGAACAUAUGGACUCGCUGAACAAAAAACCUUCUUCUUUGGUGUUCUACACCAUUGAGGAGAUGGCGGAAAAACUGUCCUACUACUUCCACUCGGUGUUCGCUGAUUUCGUGUACAAGGUGGGAGGGAGCUUGUCGAAAGACCCGGAUGAAAUGAUGGGGUUCGUGCCCUACGCACCGGGCGAGGAAAUUCCCCCCGACAGUGGGGAGGGAGAGGACGAGGACUGGGAUGAAGAUGACGAUGAGGGUAUCCCGAGUACUUAUUAAAAACGUCUCCACCUUGCUAGGGUUAUCGUGCGGCAAAUCUGCAUGCUUAAAAAAAAAAGUUUUUUAUGCUGAGCCCCAUGAGGCCUUUUGUGGACUUUGUGAUGCUCGAAUCGCCAUGAUGUGAUAGAUCUAUGAUGUUGAUGAACUAGCUAAACAGGAUCACUACACUACGAGGCCAAACUUUAGUUUGUCAUGAGUACCGAAACUUGGAGAUAUGUGUUGCGUAUUUAUUUCCAUUUUGACUAUGGGGCGGGCGGAGACGUUUUUGCACUGGAUUAAGGACUACGAUGAGGACUACGACGAGGAUGAGGAUGAAAAUUCGGAUGAAAAUAGUGACGACGGUGGAUUGCAUGGCAAUGAGGAGCAGGAUCAUGAGCACGACAAGGAGGGAUCAUCGAGGGAGGAUCAUGAGCACCACGAUGAUUCGCAUCCGGCUCCGGGGGUUAAAGUUGAAAUUGAAGAUGUUGAAGAAGUGGAGCUUUAGUUUAAUAUGCUGGUAGAGGUGAUGAACAUCUCCCUUGUCAUCUCUGAUAUACCGGAAAUAAAUAGAACUGAAACAACUACGCGGCAGAAAGACAAAAAGGACGUUUUGAUUUUUACAUUGCAAUUCCUGUGCAAGAAAGAAAAGCAAAUUUUCUCCGCUCGAAGAUGUGUGAGCAGACCCGGAUUUGUCUUCCGCAGUAGAUGCAGACCCCGCUGGCG